CGACGUCACCCGAGUAUUUUUGUCCACGAACGUAUUUUAUUUUGCAGUAGUGACGGGAAGUUUUGAUCUUCCAAUUUCUUUUAAAAUUCCUCGGAUUGUCCCGACGGAAUCCUGUAUUUAAAGUAGAAUUUUAGUAGCUAAGCGUAACGGCAAGAUGCUGACCCUAAAGGACCGGCAGAUAAAUGCAAUCAAGCAGAUGCUUAACAUGAACCAGCCACAGACUAAGGCGCUGGCCGCGGAACCUGUUUGGAAGCUUCUGAUCUACGACCGUGUCGGUCAGGACAUUAUUUCACCGCUUAUUUCCAUUAGAGAGCUGCGGGAAUUGGGUGUUACAUUGCAUAUUCAGCUACAUUCCGAUCGGGAUUCGAUUCCGGAUGUCCCGGCGAUAUACUUCUGUGCCCCGACGGAAGAAAACCUAGGACGUAUUGCGCAAGACUUUCAGAAUGGCUUGUAUGAUGUUUACCACUUGAAUUUCAUUUCGCCUAUUUCGAGGCAGCGGUUGGAAGAUUUGGCUGCUGCGGCUCUGCAAGCCGGUUGUGUGGCAAACAUUCACAAAGUGUACGAUCAAUACGUUAAUUUUAUCACCCUGGAGGAUGAUAUGUUUGUUCUGAAGCAUCAGAACAGUGAUUCCCUUUCGUAUUAUGCCAUCAACCGAGCAAACACGCAAGAUUAUGAGAUGGAAGGCAUCAUGGACAGCAUAGUAGACAGCCUAUUUUCGGUGUUCGUUACGCUGGGAAACGUUCCGAUCAUUCGAUGUCCAAAGAAUUCAGCUGCCGAAAUGGUCGCCCGGAAAUUGGAGAAAAAACUCCGGGAGAAUCUGUGGGAUGCUCGCAAUAAUCUAUUCCACAUGGACGCAACCCAGACGGGGACGUUCAGUUUCCAGCGGCCUUUGCUGAUUCUGAUGGAUCGAAAUGUGGAUAUGGCCACCCCGUUGCAUCAUACGUGGACGUACCAGGCGUUGGCUCACGACGUGUUGGAAUUGUCCCUGAAUCGGGUUAUCGUGGAGGACGACAACGAAAAAGCUCCGUCGACGGGGGCCAAGUCGAAAAUGAAGGCCUGCGAUUUGGACUCACGGGACAAGUUCUGGAGUUCGCACAAGGGCAGCCCAUUUCCGAUGGUGGCCGAGGCGAUCCAGGAAGAACUGGAACAGUACCGAUCGUCGGAGGACGAAAUCAAGAAGCUAAAGUCGACAAUGGGAAUCGAUGGUGAAACGGAUGUGGCCUUCUCGAUGGUGAACGACAACACGGCCAAACUGACGAGCGCCGUGAAUUCGUUGCCCCAGUUGAUGGAGAAGAAACGGUUGAUCGAUAUGCACACCAAGAUCGCAACGGCAAUUCUCAACUUUAUCAAAUCGCGGAGACUGGAUUCGUACUUUGAGUUUGAGGAGAAAAUCAUGUCCAAGCAGGUGUUGGAUCGGCCACUGGCCGAUCUGAUGAGGGACCCGGAGUUCGGAACACCGGAGGACAAGAUGAGGUUGUUCAUCAUCUACUACAUCUGCACGAAUAUGCCCGAAGCGGAGUAUCAAAAGCUGGAGCAGGUGCUGAAGGAGAGUGGAUGCGAUUUGGCUCCGAUUCCGUAUCUGCAGCGAUGGAAGAGUAUAAUGAAGAGUUCAGUAACAAAUCCAAACCAGUAUGAAGGCAGCGGCACGAAAACGGUCUCGAUGUUCUCAAAACUGGUCACCCAAGGAUCAUCGUUUGUUAUGGAGGGCGUCAAAAACUUGGUAGUGAAACGGCAUAAUCUUCCGGUCACUAAAAUAACCGAACAGCUGAUGGAAUGCCGAGCCGGUGGAGAAGUGGACGACUACCUGUAUCUGGAUCCGAAGCUGCUCAAGGGUGGUGACAUCGUGCCGAAGAAUCGGGCCCCAUUCCAAGAUGCGGUUGUGUUCAUGGUGGGCGGCGGCAACUACAUCGAGUAUCAAAACUUGGUGGACUUCAUCAAAACGAAGCAAACCGCCAACAGCAAUCGUAGGAUAAUCUACGGUGCCUCGACACUGACCAAUGCGAAACAAUUCCUGAAGCAGUUGACGCUGCUGGGGCAGGAAAUCGGCGGUGCGUAACUACGGUCGGACGAAUGCAUGCGGGUGUGACACGAGGAGAACUGGGUAAGUUAUUACGGGGGUACUAUAUAUUGCGACAGUUACAUUUGUUAGCCUGUUUUUCUAGCUAAGUAUAUUAUUUAGAAUAUGCAAUAAAUAUUAUGAUAUCCUGCUAAA